GUGAAACCAUAGCACUGUAUUUACUGUGGAGGAGCCGCGGAAAAUGGUUUCCCCUGUUGGGUAAAUCGGGGAGCCGGAGGUACAGAGCGAGAACUGCCAGAGGAUGAUCAUCACCAGCUCCGAUACACCGUUUACUUUAGGUGGCGGUACAGUGGGAAGCGACCCGAUACGUGAUCCACUUGUUCUGGGUUCCAGUCUCAACUCAGAAUUUGAUGACUGAGGUGAAGUCUGCUUUCCACUUAGAGUGAGAGAAAUGGAUGUGAAAGGUGUGAAGGAAACCCUGUCUUGGCUGUAUUACCAAUACCUGCUUGUUACGUGCAGUUAUGUGCUGGAGCCCUGGGAACAAACUGUUUUCAACUCUGUUUUGUUCAUCAUUGUGGCUAUGGUUUUAUAUACAGCCUACGUCUUCAUUCCAAUUCACAUUCGUCUGGCGUUGGAGUUCUUUUCUGGCCUAGGAGCAGGCCAACCUGAAAGCACAGUUGCCAUCAUGACUUAACCCACACUAAUUUUAAACUUAAGACAUUUUUAAAUGAAAAAAAUCUGUGAAUCUAAGGACCCAGUGAAAACUUUGGCUUUUGAACUUACAGGUGUUUCUCCUAUAACGCAAUAGUUGCGUUCUUGUGUGACCUUGCGCUAUAGAAAAUCGCAAUAGAAAAUCACAUUCUGGGAAAUCACUAUAUCUGUACAGCAGAAAGUUUGCGUUAUCCAAACAGCAUCCACUAUUCAUCAAUCACGUUACAGCCAAUUCACGUUAACGAAACACGCAUUAUAGCAGAAAUACCUGUGUACUUUGUGGCUGCACUCUUAUUUCUUACGCACCUCAAUCUUCUUGUGAUUCAAAUAAUGUGGUAAAUGGCAUUAUAUAUGAAAAAGAAAGCAUGCAGUAGUUAAAUUUAGGAAUUCACCGACGUAAGCCAAUAGAAAUUUCACUUCAAUGUGAAACUAACUAUGAUAACAGCAGCUGGAAGGAAUAGAUAUGGGGGUCAAAUAUUUAUUCAUCCAAUCGUGUAUUUAUCUAAAUUCAAUUCUGUCAUAGUUCACAUUCACAACCUUCUCUAUUUUGUUUAAUGUAGACCUUUUAAUGCUAGUUUCAUUCUAGAAAUUUUUAUGUAAAGAAAAUUCAAUUUUAAGGUGUAUUUGCCUCAAAAUCAGCAAAUCGUAAAGAAGAAACAAAUGUCAAUUUAUGUGACAAAUCCAACACAAAAAGCUAUAACAUAAAAAGUGACAUCUGGGUGCUAUUGCAAAGUUCUGCUUGGUGUUAAAUUUAAGGGCUGCUCUAUAAUGUUUAUAGUUACUCUUAAGGAAGAGUUAUUCAUAUUUAUAAUUGAUGAAAGAACCAUUUUCUUGCAAUUGAAUUGAUCCAGUGCUAGGCUGUUUACAAAAAACUUCAAGCCAUUUCAAAAAGUCUUUUUUUUUUUUGCAGCAAUGCAUGAAAUGUGCUUUCACAUAUCAUAUUCAAUAACACUAUAUUCGUGUUAUAGUAAAUGCCAAUGAUGCUAUUGGACAAGGAUGUUAUAAAUGGAUACUUUGCUAAUUAACCAUGAAACAGUAUGUCAUGUACAAACUUCUAUGCAUCUAAAGUCUCUUUAAAGUAUCAUACUAUUGUUUUUAUGAUUGGUAAUAAUUAUCCGAAUCAGAUCCGGUGGAAUAUUUGUUACAAAGGCUAUGUGCCUAUUGUUCAGGAAAAGGCAUUAUAAAAUGAACAUUAACUUCUUGUCUAUUCUGUUGUUCAGGAAAAUCAAUGGUUAUACAUGAUUUUUCAAUAAAGUUUGUUUAAAGUAUCAA